AUGAAUGAAGAAAUAUUGAAGAAUAUAAAAGUGAAUAACAAUUUUUUAGAAUUUGAAGAAAUAAUAAAAGAUAUAAAUACACCUUUUAAUUUUAUUGAUUUAGUUGAAAUUCCAUGUGUACCUGUUGUGGAUUUAUAUGGGUUGUCAUUAUUAAAUAAUGAAGCAUACUUAGAAUAUAAAAGUGGAUUAAGAGAAGAUAAAUUAAAUGCAGAUGAUGAAAUAAAGUUAACAUUAUUUUUUGCUGUAAAAUUAUAUAAAAAGAAUAUAAUAAGAAUAAAAUUUCCUUCUUAUUAUGAUAUUAUAGAAACAUUAAAAUUUGAUCCAGUAUCUGUAACUAUAGGUUUAUUUAAUCAGUUUUAUUUUGAAACAGCCUACGAAUUAUGUAAUUUAUUGCCUAUCAAUGAAUGGCCUUCUACAAAUUUUUAUGAUAUUUUAAGAAAAGCUGAAAAAACUAGAAUUCAUUUUUUAAUUAAUAAUAAAACCAAAUUAAAUUCUUAUUUCUUAGAAGGUCUCACAAAUAAAGAAAAAAAAAUAUAUAAGUAUUUUCUUGAAGGAACAUCUAAAGAAAGAGAAAAACUCAACAAGGAGACCACCUUAUUUCAUUUUUAUGAAAAGGAGAAAUGUUAA